AUGCCGCUAGUGGAGUUUGCAUAUAACAACAGCUACCAUGCGAGCAUCAAAAUGGCUCCGUAUGAGGCUUUGUAUAGAAGGAAGUGUCAAUCUCCACUAUGCUGGUAUGAAGCUAGCGAGAAGAGCUUGUUAGGGCUUGAAAUGAUAGCAGAAACAACUGAGCAGAUAAAAAAAAUACGAAGUCAAAUGCUUGUCGCUCAGAGCCGUCAAAAGAGUUAUGCUGAUCAAAGGCGGAAGCCUUUAGAAUUUAAAGAAAUAGAGCAUGUGUUUCUGAAUAUUACUCCCACAACCGGAAUGGGUAGAGCAAUCAAAACGAAGAAACUAAAUCCCCAUUACAUUGGACCAUUUGAAAUUUGGAAAAGGAUUGGGUCGGUAGCCUAUAGGAUUGCCUUACUGCCGCAUCUUUCGAACCUGCACAACGUGUUUAACGUAUUGCAGCUACAGAAGUAUACUCCCGAUGCAAGUCAUGUUCUGGAACUGGAAUUGGUUCAAGUAAGAGAAGAUCUGACGUUUCCAAUAGUCUCGGUUAGGAUUGACGACCCCAACAUCAAACGAUUGCUCGGAAAUGAAGUAUCAUUGGUGAAAGUUGUUUGGAUUCGGGCUAGUAUCGAAAAACAUACUUGGGAACUCGAAUUGGCUAUGCGGAACGACUACCCACACAUCUUUUUAGGUAACUAA